AUGGUUGGUGGGCCCUUCCGGGGCCCCUUCAAAUGGCUUCGCGGGGCCGAAUCACCGCUCGAUGGCUGUUUGUAUUGUAUGCCAAGCAAUGCAGACACUGUGUUGUGCAUCGAUCCAGAUAAGCAGCAGAUGAUGACCAUUGGGGGGCCUUUGGAAGGAGAUUGGAAAUGGCAUGGUGGCAACUUGGGGGACGAUGGCAACAUCUAUGGCAUCCCUGCAAAUGCCACGCAGGUUUUGAAGGUGGAUCCCAGAACCAAAGAGGUGGAGAUGUUUGGAGGACCCUUUGAAGGGAGACAGAAGUGGUAUGGAGGAUUGAAAUCCACCAACGGCUGCAUCUAUGGCAUCCCACAAAACGCCUCAGGAGUCCUCAAGAUUGACCCAGAGAGGGGCGAGUGCUCCAUCCUGGGUGAUUUGGGCCAUGGCGGCUGGAAAUACCAUGGUGGAGUGGUGGCUGGGGACGGGUCCUUGAUCUAUGGCAUUCCCUGCAAUUCUGACUCGGUGUUGAAGAUCGACACGAUGACAGACAGCAUCACCCAGAUUGGACAUGGAUUAAAAAGUGGCCGGCAUCGAGACGAUGACAAGUACAAGUACUUGGGUGGCGGUGUGGCUGCAGAUGGAAAGGUCUACUUCUUCCCUUCAGAUGCUGAGCGCGUUUGCUGUGUGGAUCCAGUGACUGACGAGGUGAAGCUUAUUGGGCCCAUCUUUUUGGAAGGGCAGAACAAAUGGCAGAAUGGUUUCUCUGCUCGUGAUGGUGCAGUCUAUGCCAUUCCUCAGAGAGCUCAUGGAGUCCUGCGUAUCAAUCCAGCACCAGAAGGCGGCGAUGCUGAGGUGAGCACCUUGGAUUGUGGUAUCGACCCGGUCGGGGGGCCUGGGGCGAUCACUGCCACGGCUGACAGAGAUGCGCGACAAGUUCGAGGGUGGCGUGAUGGGCAGCGAUGGCUGCAUUUAUUGUAUACCUUUGCGCCUCAGCAGCACAGCAGUUUCAUCAUGGCCAUCAAGGCCCCAAUCGCCGAUGGAGCUUUGGUUUGUGCCAAGUUUGAGCCGUUAAUGACCACCAUUGAUCCACUGUCGUCAGAGACGCCAACACCUGAUCUGCUGUUGUGGGUAAGGCAACGCCAGCUUCCAAGGUCCAACUCCUUCGCACAAGUGUCCUUGGCGAUGGGAUGCAGUCCUGCAGAAUGCGCUGAAGCGCAAGGGCUCCUGAGUGAAGCUUCCGCGAGCUUGGCUGAGAGGAUGGAAUGCUUCAUCGCAUGGUGCGACCUGCUCAGAGUGUCCACUUGCGGACCCAUACAUCGCGCAACGCGUUUCGCGCCACGCCGCCUGCUUUCCGACACAUCUCUGGCGGCCAUGGGAAAGGUGCACGGCAGUUUGGCACGCGCCGGAAAGGUGAAGAAUCAGACCCCAAAGGUGGCCAAAGCUGAGAAGAAGAAGAAACUCACCGGUCGUGCCAAGAAGCGUUUCGUGUACAACCGACGCUUCGUCAGUGUGGUGAAGAGUGGCCCGAAGCGCGGGCCCAACUCCAACGCAGGGAAGUACCGAUGCAGUGGUGAUUCCACUUCCCCGAAACUCUGUGACGAACGAGAACGGAAGAUUCCAGAGUGGUGCAACAUCUACGCUCCGAGCUGGCAAUCCAUGCUGGCGGCAGCACCACCCGUGUCGGCUGUGGAGGGUGACACCACAGAUAUGGUGAAAAGCGAGCCACUGGAACUCAGGGCCUCAGCGCGGUAUGGAAGACCCAGUCCGCCACAGGGGCUUUGGGUUCUCACCAUCCUCACGUUUGCCACCAGCUGCUUUGCCACCUACCGAGCAGCACAAUGGGUGGCCGAUGAAUUCCUGACAAGUCGCGAGUAUGAUCCCUACUUGGCGCAGAAGCUGAAACAUUAUCCACUGGUCCUGGUCGUGGUCUUGUCUCUGGUGCCCAUUGGCCUGGCCUUGAAUUCGGCCUUCUUCGCUCCCAUCUUCUAUCAUAGAGCGUGGCUUCCCAGCUGCGGUGACCACACCUGGGGUCUCAUGGAGUGCUACUCCAGGCAUGGGUUGAUCAUAGAAGGAAACCAUUAG